AUGGCACCGAAGAAGUACGUCGUCCCCCGCGCCUCGGCAACCGUGACCGCCUUCGUCGCCCAGCCGAAGCAGAGGAAGCCGAGGGCGCCGCCGUCCAAGCCGCCGAGCAUGACAAACGCCGAUUGGAGGGUAGAAGUACAGCGACGGGAGGCCGUCACCGCCGACCGGCGGAACAGGGCCCUCGCGAAGAAGGCCCGUGACAACGCGGCACGCGCGACUGCGGGUGCCGCUGCCGCUUCCGCGGACCAGGCCGAGGCCGAGGCGGCACGCGCGGGGAUGAUGAAUCCCCCCGGCAACCACGCGCCGUACGCGCCCUGGGGCCAGCAAGGUGUCGGGUCUCCGACGCCGCAACCAUGGGGAUCGCCGGGCUACGCCGACGGGGACGUGCACGGUGGGUUCAACCCAAAUGUCACGUUCCCCCAUGGACACCCGGCCCAGCGCACGCCCUCGCCCGCCUUCACCGGCGUGCAGUACCCUCCAUACAACUACUCGCCGCCCGCGUACGCGUCCUCCCCGACGCCCCCUCUCCGCCGUUGUGCACUGCCCUUCUCGCACCUCGGUGAUGCCGACGGGACCGAGACCGACAUGGACGACAUCAUCGCGGAAGGAUCGGCCGCAGCCGCCGCGUCUCCCGGGUUCACCGCGGAUGAGGCGGUGGAUCUCAGCGGCGGCAUGGACGGCGAGCUCGGCUACGUCUACGGCGACGAGGAGCAGGAGGAAGAGGGCGAGGACGAGGACGAGGACGAGGAGGAGCCAGCGAGGAGGCGCAAGAAGAAGUGGACGGCCAGGUCAGCCGAGCCGCAUAUCAAGUGGGCGUCCAAGGAGGAGGAAUGCCUCGCUGAGGCAUGGAAAGUCGUCUGCCUCGACCCGACCACCGGCGCGAACCAGAGCAUCGACACGUACUGGGCGCGCAUCAAGGCCGAGUUCGACGAGCGCAAGAUCGUCGACCCCUACUUCAAAGGCGUCUACAUGCAGCGCGGGUUGAAGGCGAUGGAGAACGAUUGGGGGCGCAUCCAGGGGGCGUGCAACAAAUGGCAUGGUGUCGUCGAGGAGGUGGCCGCUCGCCCGGAGAGCGGCGCCAGCAUUGAGGAUCAGUUGCUGCGCAUGUUCGGCCUGUAUAGGCAGAGCAACAACGACGUCGAGUUCAUGUACCUCCACGUUUACAAGCGCAUUGACAAGUGCGACAAGUGGGCGGAAGUCCGGCGCACCCUCGAGAAGGCCAAGGAGACAUACAAGCCGGGCGGCCGGCUCCGGGCGCGUCAGAAGGGCGGCCGGACGACAACAAAGGAAUCCAUCCAGCACUGCCUCGCCGACGCACAGGCCCGGGGCGUCCUUCGUGAAGAGAAGACCGAGGCGCGGUGGUCGGCGUUGAUGUCGACAAGCGCCGUCAAGCUCGACCUACUCCGGACCAACGUCGCCGUGAAGAAGAGGAACACCGACCUGGCUUUCCUGCUGGGCGGGGCCGACAUGCUCCAGAGCACCGAUGAGGUCAAGGCGUGGUACAGGGCGCAUGUCGGCCUCAUCCUGGACCAGCUUCCCUCGACGCCGCCGCCCACGCCCACGCCCACGACGACGCCGCCCACGCCCACGCGCACGCCGACGCCGCCAACAAGCCCGACCGAUGAUGCCGCCGAGACUGCCCGCGCGCAGAAGCCACGCCACCAAGCACAGAGACCCCGUCAAGCCCGCCAACGCCGGAGGCCGACCUCGCCGUCUGAUGCGCGUUUCUGUUCUGAUUUUUGUACGCCGAACUUUUCAUCAAUCGCCGAUCACCGCUUGAUCGCCGGAUUGUGGCGUUUAUUUUUGGACGCGGGAAUGAACUACGUUUGA